AUGGCGGAAUUAGCAUACCAAAUCCUCCCCGCCGUCCAUACAGUCGAGGUCGGCAACUACUCAGUCUUUUACCGGGAAGCAGGGCCACCUGAUGCUCCAACUCUGCUACUGCUUCACGGCUUUCCCUCGUCCUCGUUUCUCUUCCGACACUUGAUUCCCGCCCUUGCUUUAACCUACCACGUUGUCGCUCCCGACUUCCCCGGCUUCGGCUUCACCAAGAUCCCUACCCAGUUCCCCCACACCUUUGACAACAUUGCCGAUGUUAUGGAAGGGUUUCUGGAUGCAUUGAAUAUCCAAGAAUUCGCAGAGUACAUCAUCGACUAUGGCGCUCCUGUUGGGCUGCGACUGGCGGUUCGGCGCCCGCAUGCAGUCAAGGCCAUUGUCUCGCAGAAUGGAAAUGCUUAUGUGGAGGGACUUGGGCCAGGUUUCGAUGCUAUACGAACAUACUGGGCAUCAGGGAGUCAAGCUGACCGCGAUGCAUUGAUUCCCUUCUUCACACUGAACGCAACCGCGUCGCAAUACACCACCGGAACAAAGCUCCCCCAGUCUCUGGAACCUGAAUCAUGGUGGCUUGACUAUGCACUCAUGAAUGACCAGCCUGGAAACACCGACGUUCAGCUGGACUAUUUCUUCGACUACCGCAACAAUGUGGCGCAAUACCCGCAGUACCAGGAGUAUUUCCGCCAAUCUCAGGUGCCGCUGCUUGCUGUCUGGGGAGAGAAUGACCAAUUCUUCAUUCCUGCUGGCGCAAUGGCGUAUAAGCGAGAUCUGCCUCAUGCUGAGAUUCAUCUCAUUGAUGCUGGCCAUUUCGCUUUGGUUAGCAAUGCUAAGGACAUUCUGCACUAUAUGUUGCCGUUUUUGCAAAGGAAUUUGGGGAAAGGACAGCAUUAG